GGUGGCCAAUGCGGAAAUCAGAUUGGUGCGAAGUUCUGGGAAGUCAUCGCCGAUGAGCACGGCAUCGACCCAACAGGUACCUACCACGGAGACUCAGAUCUUCAGUUGGAGCGGAUCAACGUCUAUUUCAACGAAGCCACUGGCGGACGCUACGUACCCCGAGCUGUUCUGAUGGACCUUGAACCAGGAACCAUGGACAGCGUUCGUGCCGGACCAUUUGGCCAGUUGUUCCGACCGGACAACUUCGUGUUCGGUCAAACAGGUGCAGGCAAUAACUGGGCCAAGGGCCAUUACACCGAGGGUGCUGAGCUCAUCGACUCUGUCUUGGAUGUGGUGCGCAAAGAG